AUGUCUGAUAAGGACAAGAAAAAGGGUAAAGGUAAAGAAGAGAAAGGUCACGAUUCUUCAGCGUUUUUAAAAGAUUUCAUAGCUGGUGGCAUAUCAGCUGCAGUGUCAAAGACAGCUGUCGCGCCCAUAGAACGAGUGAAGCUGAUCUUACAAGUGCAACAUAUAUCUAAACAGAUUCCAGAAGAUAAACGGUAUAAAGGUACUAAUACUUUUUUUAAUUGUGCGCCCUACCACUAACGGUUUCCCACAGCACUCUUAAAGUUGACUGAGAGAGAAUGCCUGAGGCGUUAAGUCCGCCAAUACACAUUUAUUGUGCAUGAAGACUUAAUUUAAUUUAUAUAUAAGAUAAUAAGAGCCUUUACUUUUAUAAAAAAUAAUCAUUAGAAAUAAUACCUAGGUGGUAUAGUCGAUGCAUUCGUUCGUAUACCCAAGGAGCAAGGUUUAAGUUCGUUAUGGCGAGGAAACUUGGCGAAUGUGAUCAGAUAUUUCCCCACGCAGGCGUUAAAUUUCGCCUUCAAGGACGUGUAUAAGGGUAUGUUCUUGAAAGACGUGGACAAGAACAAGAACUUCUGGAGGUACUUCGCUGGUAAUUUGGCAUCGGGUGGCGCUGCCGGGGCCACCUCAUUAUGCUUCGUAUAUCCCUUGGAUUUUGCUCGAACAAGAUUAGCAGCGGACGUGGGUAAGGGUAAGGCGAAGGAAUUCAACGGUCUCAUCGAUUGCCUGAUGAAGACGAUGAAGUCUGACGGCCCAAUCGGCUUGUACCGGGGCUUUCUUGUGUCUGUGCAAGGCAUUAUCAUUUAUCGCGCCACAUAUUUUGGUUUCUUUGACACUGCACGCGCGAUGUUACCCGACCCCAAAAACACGUCGCUGUUCGUCACGUGGAUGAUUGCUCAGACUGUGACGACUAUUGCGGGUAUCACCUCCUACCCACUGGAUACAGUCCGACGGCGAAUGAUGAUGCAGUCGGGUCGGCCAAUGAACGAACGCCCUUAUAAGAACACUAUCCAUUGCUGGUUCACCAUCCUCCGAACUGAAGGACCUGGCGCAUUUUUCAAGGGUGCCUUCUCCAACGUUUUAAGAGGAACCGGCGGUGCUUUUGUGUUAGUUCUAUACGACGAAAUCAAGAAGGUUCUCUAGGCAGACUUGUGGGGAAGUUCGCGUGACGUCUUGUACUAGUCCUAUGGUGUCGUCUUUGAAAUUUUGUAUUGUGACCCUCAUCCUCGCGUUUGCAUACUUGAAGAAGGUGGUAUUUACCUUGUAAAAUUUUAUUUAAAUAUAUAAAUAUUUCUUUAUCUUAUUUCUUUAAUAAUGUUUUUACCACUUUAGUAACAUUUUUUCAAUCGGAUUACGUAAGUAUUCUGCACUGGUCAGUUUGUAAUUAUUACCUAUGGAAUACAAGAACAUGAUGCAUAUUCUGCUCUAUAGCGGU